AUGUCCUUCAAGCGCUCCAGGGCCGCCUUUGAAGCCGGAGAUGGCCCACCUCACCAUGCGCCAUUCGCGGUAUAUGGAACCCCAUUACCAGCUUACGAUGUCGAUGCACGCGACGACGGCAGCUAUGUUCCGGUGUGGAAGCAAGAGGUGACGGACGAGCGCGGCCGGAAACGACUACACGGUGCCUUCACUGGAGGUUUCAGCGCUGGAUACUUCAACACGGUUGGGAGCAAGGAAGGAUGGGCGCCCGCCACUUUUGUCUCGUCACGAGCGAAUCGUGCAAAGGAUGCAAAGGAUGGGAAACAGCAGCGGGCAGAGGAUUUCAUGGACGAGGAAGAUCUGGCUGAACAGGCUGAGUCACAAAAGUUGGAGACAAAUCAAGCGUUCGCUGGACUGGGAGGCGGCAGUGCAGAUGGUGCUCGCAAGGGCAUGUUCUCGGAUUUAUUUCGAACUACAGGCGAGACCAAGGGCAUGAAGCUGCUGCAGCGGAUGGGAUGGCGUCCAGGUCAAGGCAUUGGACCUAAAGUCAAGCGCAGAGCUCAUGGAGAUGCAAAGGGAGAAAUGCACCUUUUCGCUCCGGACAACACCAGUAUGAUCAGCUUCGUGAAGAAGAACGAUCGGAAAGGAUUGGGCUUUGCGGGAGAAGGAAAGCUGGAAGGCGGGACAGGAGCCAAUACUGCGAUGCAGGACGAUGACGAGGAUAGCGGCGAGGACGCUAGAAUCCUCCGAACGAACCGCCCGAAGGCCGCGAUCAAAGCCAAGCCUGUGAAAAAGUCUGGCUUUGGAGUUGGCGUUCUCAACGAUGACGGCUCAGAUGACGAGGAUCCAUAUUCAGUCGGACCACGGAUCAGCUACAACCGUAUAAUUGGCGGCGACAAGAAGAAGAAGAAGAAGGGAGGACUGAUCGCCAGCAGCUCCUCUGCAGGUGUGAUCAAGCCGGCCAGCACAGCAAAGAAGCUCGUCCAGCGAUCAAACGCAUCCUCGGGCUUCCGCAAGUGUCAUGACGGCCGUCUACCACUGGAUGGCUUCGUACUUGCUCUCUCUGCCUUGAACUUGGCUGAAGAAAAUCACUACCCACCACCAAGCAUCCCUGCGGACUGGAAGCCAGCCCAGCAGCGUGCAGCCGCGGACUCCAAGACCACAGAGUUCGUCUCCACCUCCGACGCGGCCAAAGCCUCCGACCUCACUCCAGCCGCCCGCGCAUCUCUCCUCGGCGAAGCAGCCUUGCCAGGAAAGUCAGUCUUCUCAUACCUCACCCCAGCCGCCAGAGAGCGUCUCGCGAACGCCACUCAAAAUCGCAACCUACCACCCGCUCUCGGCGAAAAGGCGCCCGAAGGCUAUGUCCCAGAUCCAGCCAGUCAGACUCGGACGCUGUGGGACCUCGUGCCAACGAUCUCGAAAGAGACAGCUGCAUUAGCUCUCCAACGAGGCAAGACCGGCUGGAUGCCUUAUGCUGAAGACGACGGCAAGAGGGAGAGAUAUGCUGGCUUCCUCGAGCUUAGCGCGGGCCUCAAAAGCGACUUGCCCGCACGAGUACAAGGGCAUAGUCGAGAGGAGUGGGCUGCCGAGUUAAGAGAGUUUGCUGAGGCUGCGGAGAUCUUCCGGCCUGCGGAAGGCUAUAUGGCGUUGAGAUUUACUACCGGAACUGGCAAGACUGAAGGAGGAAAUUCAGAGGAAGAAGCACCAAAGACCGGAGGCGCGCGAGAAGAAGACGCCGCGGAGAAAGCCGCAAAGAUGGGCAUGUUUGGCCCAUUGACACGGUCCAAGAUCCCAUUCUACCCGACGAGACUACUCUGCAAGCGAUUCAACGUCAAGCCUCCGCCGAACGUGAUGGGCCAGGCGGAUGAUCGAAGCGGUGGAGGUGCAGCGUCUACUACGCCCUCUGGCAGCGAUGGUCAGAAGCGACUGGAGAUUGUUAGUCAAGCUAGUCUAGACCGGAUGAUGAUGGAAGCGAAUUUCUCCAAGAACUUUGCCAAAGGUGGCGUCGAAGGAGGAAGUGGCGAGCCUGAAGCGCUGGAGCCGCAAGCAGUGAAGGUGGAGGUUGAUGCGGAGAGAAACGAGGCAUUAGAAGGUCAGCGAGCGGGCGAAGAUAUCUUCAAAGCUGUGUUUGGGAGUGAUUCUGAAGACGACUAG